AUUGAGUUCGGAUUUAUAAUCUUACAUUACGCAAAAGCUUAAUUUACGUUGGAUUUUAUGAUUCAACGACAACAUCAAUUAUUAACUCCUGAGCGUUUACAUAAUCAAUGUUUAUACUUAUUAUAACUGCAUAAUUAAGUUUUCCAACUCGAGAAUUCGUUAAUUUACAUAUGCAUUUCCAUGUGCGUUUCGAGUGUCCGACAAACGCUAACGCAUGUGUAUGUAUGUAACAUACUUAUAAGUAGGAGGGAUUGGUGGAAAUCGACCUAUCGAGAGGUAUGUCAAAAUCAGUAGUUAAACAUGGCUGCGAGUAUUUAUAUUGUGUCAACUUUUUUCAAAUGAGCGCGAAGCGACAGAAACUUCAGUGAAAUUGUGAACAAUCUGUGCGCUGCGUGACUUUUCGCCUUUCUUUCGAUUCUUUCAGCUGUUUGCUGCGCGUCUGUUUUGCGUCACGACUGAAAAAUCAAAACAUUGCUCCCCAAGAUUUUGACACCUAACCUAAAUCGAACUUUCCAAUCUACCCUCUCUCUCUCUCUUUCUCGUCCCUGUAUUUUGAUCAGCAAGUGCGAAAAUUCGCGUUCCUUAUAAUUCGAGCGUGAAUCUUUCGAAAUCGUCUAGUGAGUUUUAAAAACAACAUGUAGAAGAUUAUAUAGCAAAUGUGGUCGCGCAAUUUAUUUUUUAAAACUUUGCUCAACUUGAAAGUGUAGGGGAGACAGUGCCAUUGUGUGCAUUUUUUCAAAUAUUCAUCACUGUAUGUGUAAAAAUGCCCAAGAUCAAAGGAGAAAUUAACCAGAAUAGAGCAGUUGCGCAGGCCAGACAAAUGUUCAACAAUAUGUACGUGCGGAAGCGAGAGCUUGGAAUGCGAUUUCCUAUGGGCCACAAUGAUCUGUUUCAUAAGACAUUGUAUACAUCAAUGCAACCGAUCAUGUCCUGGGACCAUAAUGAUAAGGUGUCAAGUGCAAUUCAUGGUGGUGUCUUCAACUUAGAAUAUUCUCCCGAUGGGUCACUUCUGCUGGCAGCUUGUGAAAAGAGAACCGUUUUAAUAUUUGAUCCACUGUCUAGAGAAUUAAUUCACUCUAUUGAUAAAGCUCACAAUGACUGUGUUAAUGGUGUUAGAUUCCUUGAUCAACGAAUGUUUGCGACAUGUUCUGACGAUAAAACAGUAGCUCUGUGGGAUGCAAGGAACCUGAAACAGAGUAUACGAACAUUGCAAGGUCAUUCAAAUUGGGUAAAAAAUGUAGAAUAUAGUCCAAAAGAUAAAUUACUGUUAACCAGUGGUUUUGAUGGUGUUAUAUUCACAUGGGAUAUUAAUAGUUUUACAGAAAACAGUUGUCUUUCCACAAGAGUUUUUCAAACGAAUGGCCUAAUGAGGACAAGGUUAAGCCCUGAUGCCACAAAAAUGUUGAUUUGUACAACUUCAGGAUAUCUGAUACUCAUUCAUAAUCUUAAUCUCACUACAUUAAACCACGAUUUGUGUGGGUUCAAGCCAAACAUGUAUCGAUUGAUGCAGCUAUCUCAAACAACUAUUCCUGUGGCUGCAAGUUUCACACACUUGUUCUCCAGUUCUCGACCUCAAAAUCGAGUAGAGUUUGUCACUGACUUUCCACCAGGAGAUGAUGCUGAGGUGAUUUCCAGUUUACAAGUUCAUCCACAUGGCUGGUGUGCCCUCUCAAGAAAUGUCUCAUCUGGCGAGAAGUCAGAGUGGACAUGCAUCCACGACAUACAAGAGCGAGACGAAUCAGAUGCAUCUGACAUAGAGCAACAGCAGCAACAGAAGAACGAAGGUGUAAGUUCGCCCUCGUCGUCCUCACGCUUCGGUAAUUUUGCCGUCGAAGAGUUUGAUGAAAAUCAUCCACAGCAACCGUCGCGUUCAGGAAUCACCUCGGCCUUCGUGAUCGACAGCGCUAACCGAGCGCGAUUUGUCCAGAGGAUGACGGACUCUAGCGCAGGCCGUUCAGGCUCGUUUAAUUCAAGCGAUGUGGCCCAGCCGAAUCGGCCCUCGAGGAACAGUAACAGACGCAGCCACAGAUCUAGUGAACUACAUCGGAACAGUGCAGUAACUGGUAGUGCCAGAACGAGAGCUUCUAAUUUCGGAGUCGUUGUCGAAGUCGUCAAUGCGAAUGCUGACAGUUUUGGGGCAAGGAAUCAUGACGAGGAGGAAGAAGAGGACGAAGCUAAUCAUAACUUUGCGGGUGGACAGUUCGGUCAGCGUCGAGGAUUGCAAAACGAGCGGCAGCUCAAUAAUGCUCAGAGACGACGCAACAGCGCUGGUGACAAUGGUAACUUCUCUACAGGCAAUGUGGAGUUACACGUAAACUCAAGCGAUGUUUGGGAGGCACUGGUUGCUAUUCGAGAAGCAAGACUGAGACGCGAGAGUGAAAGAGAAUUUCAUUUGGAAGUUGAACGACGUGAUAAUCAGUGGAUGCCCCGACAGAACAGUAGCGGCGUUAGCGUAAAUAUACCGCGCUCUUCGCAUACCGUCGUAAUAGUCGGAGAUCGCCGUCCACAAAGUCAGAAUCGUCAAGGUACACAGAUAAUGUACGCCAUUCCUCGCAACCAUCGUAUUCACCAAAAUAUGCCACGACUUACUCACUAUAUUGAAGAACCAAAUAUAGGUAAGGGUUACAUAAAAGAGCUGUGCUUCUCGGCUGAUGGCAGGUUGAUCUGCUCACCGUUUGGUAAGGGUCUAAGGUUGCUGGCGUUUUCGAAUCAAUGCCAAGAGCUCGCAGAUUGUAUUCCAUCACCCAGUGAAUCGUCACAGCUUGUCGAGGUAGCCUCAAGCUACAGUCACGAGGACAUCGUAGUUAGCACAAAGUUUUCACCAAGACACUGUCUGUUGGUGUCUGGUUGUCUCAGCGGAAAAAUUGUUUGGUAUCAGCCAGUAGUUUGAACGCAUUGGCAGACUAGAUAUUGUAUAGAUGGUUUUUUCAUCCACCACGAGAAGAUUGUCAAAGUUGCAGUUUGUAGAUUUUUUUACGAUCUUAUAGAGCUUUUCGAGUGGCAAAUAAUAAUCAUCGAGAGUAAUUUUUCUGAAUAAUUGUUAUGUAUCUUUUUUUUAGAGAAGAUUUAUAUUAUUUAUAGCUCUACACUUUUAAUACUUUUUACGUUAUUAAUUGAUUAGUACUGAGAACUGCUUGUUGCGGUUAAAAGGUUCUUGGUAUCUUCUAAUUAAUUUAUCGCUAUAAAUAUAAUAGAAUAUUAGACCUGAAAUAGUAGAGUAGAAGCUCUAUUAUUAUUUACACUUUUGUGCCAAAACUAAAUUAGAACUUACGAUUGUUCUAUGAGAUUUUGUGAUGGUAGAUUUUGACAAAUAAAUCGUAUUGAACCAACAACUUUUUGAGAUUAUCUUUUGAUACAAAAAAGCGCUCUUAGAUACUACAAAAGUCUAUGAGCUGCAAAGUUAGCCAUCUACUUGUAAGCUUUUAAAAUUAAGGGGUAAAUAUUGAAAAAAGUCUAUUAUGGUAAAACUCAACAACUUCCAAUACAUUUAAAAUUCGAUUUAAAUCAUAUUAAUAUAAACUAUUUUCUAUGAACAAAAUCAAAUUGUUCUUCUAAUCUUUAGAUCUAUUCUAAAAUAUUUGUAAUUUAUGUAGUAGUUAGCAACGAAUUGUCAUAAUUUAUCAUGAUUUGUAUUGUUCUGAAGUAUCUUGACAAGGUAGUGAAGUGCGAUGUAUAUAUUAUUACAUGUAGGAUGUAUAAAUAAUCGAUACGAUGACUAACAAAUUUUGAACGUAGUAUUACAACCAAAAAAGUUAUUUUGUCUUAAUGUAAUAAAACUUGCCGUACUGUUAGAUAAUAAUAUUUUAUACAGAUUUAUAAAAAAAUAAUUAGCUAUUAAAAGAUAAUAUUUUAUACAUCAUACUUCUAGUAGAUACAAGAAGCAUAAUAGACUUUUUUCAAACCUUUGUUUCUCAAUAUUACAUCAGUGAUCAUAAAUUCAAAACACAAAGGAGGUUUUCUAUUAAAGCCAUCACAUUUUAUAACAACGAAAUUCGAUGGCGAUGCUGUGUCAUGUAAAUAAUAAUCUGUUAAUAUCAAGUUCUGAGCUAAGCCAAGCUCAUAGAGACUGGAAUGGGCUUGAUCCCUUCGAAGACAAAUUGAAUUUUAAUUAUUUAAUAGCUGAGCCAUUGUGAAGCAAAUCAUUUCUAUUAUUCGCCCAGAUGAGAAGUCAAUGCCAAAUGAACUGGGUUCCAAAUCGCUCCAUUAUAUUUUUGUUUUUUUUUUUUUAGUUUAAGAACAGUUUAUUAUGACAGUUUAUUAUGUAUAUAAAAAUGAGGUCUCCUAAAAAGUGUAUUCAUUGUUAAUACAGUCUUACUUUGAGAUUGAAAAAAUAAAUUAAUAUCAGCCCACUGUCGACAAAGAAACUAAAUGAAUUUUCCAAUUGAAAAGUCAAAAAAUUGGUAUCGUUUCAUUGGAAACCAGUGUACACGAGACUAUGUCGAAAUAAUAUACAAUGUUACUAACUAGUCUUCAAUUUCUUUAUCUAUAUAAACGAAUAUUCAUCUAUAUAAUUAGCGGUGUUAAAAGUAUCAGCAUUUCUUGCUCCAACGGUUUUUAACAGAAGCAUAAUAACGUAAUGAUGGGUAAUAGGUACACCGAAUUUUUGACUUAUCAAUUUUAUAAUGACGACGUAAACCAAAGUUAUGAAAUUAUUCUUUUUUACUUGUAAUCGAAAAUUGGUGAAGGGCUAGGUGAUAUCAUAAAAUGAAUCACCGUACAAUUACUUUUAGGAUAUCAUUUUCAUUGUUGUAAACAGUGCGUUUGACGAUAAAAAUAAAUAGAAUCCGAUAUGGAGCUAUAGCGGACCCCCUUUGAAGAAAUGGUACUUAACUGCGCUUUCGAUUAUCUAUACAGCCUGAAGGUCUUCUGACACUGCCCAUGCAGUUUUGUACAUCUUCGACACGAAUACAUACAUACAUAUUUUUUCAUUCUUCGUUGUUAUUUUUUUAUUUUUAUUUUUAUUAUUACUAUUAUUAUAUUACUAUUAUUCAUAUUCUCUCUUCGACAAACGAUUAAAUCUUUUUUGUUUAAUUUAUACAAGCUUGUCCAUGUGUAACUUUUUG